CCAGUCAAAGACUCUAAAGGAGCAUUGCCCCCCAUGGUAGGCUCGAUCUUGUCAUUGUAUAUGUAUAUGCUCUUCGGAGCUGGGAGUGAAAUAAUUGUCCUCCUUGAGGGUUUCUAGAUAUGGACACGGGGAAGCUCCGCGAUAUGUCAUAGGCGUACUGUCUUGGAAUAAAUUUUUAGGCUUUACAAACCCUAAUCCACUAAUCCUGUCAUCACUUCCUCUGUCCACUGUAGUACAACUUCUCUUUUUCUUUCUCUCUCUUCCACCAAAUACAUGGAACCAUGCAACUCAACUUGCUCUACCAUCCGCCCACUUAUUUGUUGAAUUAAUACGGGCUCGAAAAGUUGCAACUGUUGCUGUCAAUCUUUCACCUGCUCCCACGUGAAGUGGCACAAUACGAAGUGUUCUACAUCCACUCACUUCCCACAACAUGGUCUCUCUCUCUCUCUCUUUCUCAGGGUCCAAUGAGCACAAUAACUAGCUCUAAAGAAAAAAAAAGAAGUAUGACGAUAAAGAUGGCCGCUUGUCUGCAAUAAAUACCAGCUUCCGAUUUACCAUUCCUCACUCAUCAUCUCAACCCUCUACAACCCAUCCUCUGUCUAUUUGGGAGCCUCUUUCUGAAGCUCCAGUCCACACUCUCAGACAACUUAAAAGCAUGGGGAACUCUUUCAAGAGAGGGUAUAAAGUCUAUGUAUAAGGUGCAUGAGAUGCCACGUCCUUGUAGACAGUAGUGGGUGUUCUAGAAUUCUAAGCUGAAAACUGGUAAAGCUUUAGAUACGAUUGUCCAGUGCAAUCAGGAGCCACAGAUGUUCCCCUCCUUCAACAGUGUCUGUGGCAGCGGCCUUUCACACACCGACUAUCCCAUGUUCAGCAGACCCUUAUUCACUGAUGUUGGCCUUAUCUCUAAACAGGAGCCACCCUCCUCUUUCUUCCAAUUUUCUCCCAUCUUUAUUGACCACAACAACGACCAUCACCCCCGCGAUGACGAUGGAGGGUUUGUCCAACGCCAUCACGAGCUGUUAGAGGGUCAAUUGCUACCACAGCAACAGCUAUUGGCCGCCAAUACCAGUUGCAGUAAGACAACCGCUCAUAGUGCGAUUGACAUGGCGACUUCGAGCAAGAAAGACACACCGACUGAUGAUGUUGCUGUGUCCAACACAAACAACUCUGUUGGUCCUAGUUCUACUGAGCGGCAGAUGCCACGAAGGAGAUCUGCUAAAAGAGAUCGUCAUAGUAAGAUCUUUACUGCUCAAGGUCCAAGAGACCGCAGAAUGAGAUUGUCCCUUGAAAUUGCCCGUAGGUUCUUCGAUCUCCAAGACAUGCUCGGGUUCGACAAAGCAAGUAAAACUGUUGAAUGGCUGCUCACAAAGUCGAAGGCUGCCAUCAAGGAGCUUGCUUAUAAAGGCCUCCCACAAAUGAAGCCCAGCUGCAGCGGUGGUGCCAAGAGUGUCUCUUCUACAUCUGAAUGCGAAGCUGUGUCUGGAAUCGACGAGGCUGCCAACACUGAAGACCGGCAGGGGAUCAUCCCCAGGGGGAAAUCCUCAGUGAAGGAGAAAAAGAUCAGACAGUUGCGUAAAGUUGCAUCUCAUCUCGUUGCCAGAGAGUCCCGGGCGAAGGCAAGAGAAAGGGCAAGGAAAAGAACAAGAGAAAAGUUGUGGAGUAGAAGUCUUGAGGAACAAAAACAAUGUCCUACCGAAGCGCCCCCCUAUAACUUGAACCAUUUACGGUCUUCUAGCCCCAUAGAAGUUGAGGAUGAAUCGAGGGGUUCCCACAGCCAUGAAAUGAGGUCCAUGGAUAUGAUUGCUGAGGUUGAAGGACCAACCGCUCACUCAAUAGAGCAUCAGGGGACUAGCAGCAACGACGUUGUUGUGGAAUCCUUCAUGAUUACAACCAACAAAUCAAGCACAUGUCUGAUCUUCAACCAGCACGAAAGUUCAAUUAUUUCCAACAACCAUAACCAAUUCCCUAAUUUUUGCGAAAACUGGGACAUCGACAGCACUGCAACCACAUUCUGGCCAUGGUGAUGUAAGCAAAACCUGCAUUUAUCGACAGGUAAUGUACAAGAACGAAUGCCUAGCUCCAGUGUCCUAUCUACCCCAUAUAGCCAUUUGCCGUCUCAGUUUGCAGAUUUUCACUUCUACAGAAAGCCAUGGGAAGACUACCACAGUUAAGCGUCUGAGUUAAGAGCAUUGUUCAUUUUACUAUUUCCUUUGUUUUAGUAUAUCUCUAUGAGAAAAAGCUAUGCUUUUAUUUCUGUGUCUCCCUUUCCUAUUACUUUUCUUCUGUGUAGUUAACAAGUGUAUCUUUGCUUGUUCAAAUUGGCUUUCUAAAAUUUCAAGUGCUUCCCUUAGGGAAUAUCAUUGAAGAAGAAAUUAUUGUGUAUGGAAUUUUGGUCAGCGAAGAUCGAAGAACUGAUCAUAGUUUUCAAUCUAA